ACUGUUUGAAUUCCAUGGUUUACUGAAUCAUGAAGCCUAAACUGUUACGACCAUUUAGUCAAACAGUAGCCAGACAUUCUCUGCAAAUUUUUUUAAACUAUUCCUGCAUACAUCAAUAUGCUAUUUGUAUUGAUGAUGACUCCUCAGCUCUAGAAUCCAAUCACUGUCCUGCAACGCCCACUUUCCAAAACUACAUGCAUUCACCUCAAUAUUUUCACUAUCAUAUCCAGACUAUGUGCAACAGUGGCAAGCUGGAGGAGGCCACUGAAGAAUUAAAGCGGGCUCUGCAUACAUCAUUCGUUCCUAGAAUUUCCACUUGCAAUUUCGUGUUGGGAGCUUUAACCAGGCAUAAAAGGUACGAAUCAGUAUUAAAACUUUACAAAGCAAUAACACUUGCAGCUAUUACUCCUGAUCGCAGUACAUUCAACAUUGUAAUUAAUUGCCACUCUCAGAAUGGUAACAUGAGCUCUGCUAUGAAAAUGUUUGAUCAAAUGAUUGCCCAAAACUGCAAUCCUUCCAAUGUUACGUUCAGCACAAUUAUUAAAGGGUUCAUAAGGGCAGGGAAAUUGAGUCACGCGGUAGAGUUUUUUAACAACAUGUCGAAGAAAAAUCACAUUUUUGAUGUCACUACGUAUAAUAUUAUGAUGGAUGGUAUAUGUAAGACAGGGAAUUUGCAGGAGGCUAUACUUUUGUUUGAACUGAUGAAGAAGAAUGGAUGUGUUCCUGAUAUUUAUAGUUACAAUAUUUUAAUCAAGGGGUUUUGCAAAGGGGGUAUGUUGCAAAAGGCUUUCGAUCUUUUCCAUGAAAUGGAAGCUAAGGGUUUGGAUUCUGAUGUUGUGACAUAUAGUACAUUGUUGGAUGGGCUUAUUAAGGAGAAUAGGCCACAGGAAGCCAUCAGGCUUUUUCAUGAAGGAUUGGAUAAGGGAUUUAAACCAAAUAUUGUUGUCUAUAAUGUUGUGAUCAAUGGGUUUUGCAAGUUGGGGGAAUUUUUGCAAGCCUUGGAGCUUGUUCACAAGAUGCAGGAACAGGGUUGUCGCCCAAAUUUUGUGACCUAUAAUACGAUUAUUGACAGUUUCAGUAAGGAAGGGAAAACGGGGAUGGCAAUGGAUGUUUUCAGUGAGAUGAAAAAUGAAGGUCAAACCCCAAAUAUUGUAACAUACGCUUCACUGAUGGAUGGGUUCUGUAAAGAAGGGAAUAUAGAUGACGCCAUGAGUCUGUUUCAUCACAUGCUGGAUGAGGGCCUUGUUGCUGAUGCUGUUUGUUAUGGUACGCUUAUAGAUGGGCUGUGCAAACUAGGCGACACAGAUGCUGCGAUAGACCUGCUGUCGCUGAUGCUAAAGAAGAAGAUUAUUCCUGAUGUUGUUGUAUAUAGUACAUUGAUUAAUGGUUUUUGCAAAUUAGGGAGGCUUCAGGAGGCUAAGGAUCUCCUGCAAGAAAUGAGAAACAAAAGACUUAAACCAGACCUUAUAACAUACAACACACUAAUGGAUGGAUUAUGCAAAAAAGGAAGGAUGGUAGAAGCAAGAAGACUGUUUCAACAAAUAUUGGAAGAUGGUUUUGUUCCUGACAUUUUUACAUAUAAUAUAUUAAUAAGUGGGCUGUGUAUGCAAGCUAAUUUAGAAGAAGCUAUUAGGUUGUUUAAUAUUAUCCAAGAGAACAACUAUAUUCCCACUGUUGCUACUUAUAACACGCUGCUAGAUGGAUUCAUCAAACAAAAUCAGCCAUGGAAAGCUAGGGAGCUUUUCCAUGACAUGGUGAUAAAGGGUCUUACUCCUAAUGUUAUAACAUAUAAGUUGCUGAUUGAUAGCCUCUGCAGGUAUUGCGGGUACAGAAAAGUAAAUGACACUAGGAGAUGGUUCCAAGAGAUGUUGAAGAAAGGAUGUCAUCCCAAUGUUAUAACAUAUGAAAUGCUAAUUGGUGCAUUCUGCAAGAAAGGAAAUUUAAAAGAGGCCAUGGAACUUUGGGAUGAGAUGUUGCACAUGGGAUUCAGGGCCAAUUUUGACACAUACAACACACUUGUUAAUGCAUUGUGCAAGGCAGACAAGAUGCAGCAAGCCACCAAGCUACUACAUCUAAUGCUUGGGGAAGGCUACAUUCCCGAUCUAAUAUUCUAGUACAUUAAUGGAUGGUGUCUUUUAACUAGGCAAUUUGGAUGGGGCUAUUAAUGUCUUUGAUGAGAUGUUAAAAAAUGGUCACAAAACUGAUUUGGUUGCAUAUACUAAACUCACAGAUGGACUAUGCAGAGCUAGUGAGGCCUUGGACACAAAAUAUGUCCUCCUAGCGAUAUCUGAAAAGAGCCAGAGCCAGAUACUGUACCAAUAAAUAAUCUUGUUCAAAGAAACUCAGGAAUUGAUUUAAUUGAUUCUUAAGGCAGGUUACGUCCUGCUUAUGAAAUGUUUAGUGUUUUCAUGGAUUUAAUGAGAGAAGGUGAUCAACUGCAGACUCCAGAGAAAUCUUAGUCUUUUUCAAGAGAAAUUAGAGAAAUCUUUGAUCCAGACCAAAUAAUGAGUAACACCAUAAUUGUUGGUCAGUUGGUGGUAAGGAUACUGCAAAAAUCCCUCAAGCUGAUCCUCGUAAUGGUGAAAGAGGGCCAAUGCAUCAAUAUUGAUACACAUGCACUAUUAGUUAGGUUCAGCUAUUAAUGUUAGCUGCAGGAAGCCAAAGGGCAUUCUCAUAACAUGUUGAAGGUACAAAACUUUAGAUGCCCAAAGGGAGACCUUUGGCUUACAUGCCACGGCUGAUUGGUAUCUCUUCCAUCAAAUUCAUCUCGAACUUGCACCUGAUCUCAUCCGUUGGGGUAUCUUACAUCCAGACUUGGAUGCGAUUUCAAGAGGUCUACAGGAAGACGGAAACAACCAAUGCACGGCCAUUCAAAAACAAGCUACUAGCAUAUGAUUAUUGCCAAAGACAUGACAAAGACGUUUCAAAGCAUGAAACCAAGAUGACUAGAGAGCAAGCUAGAUACCAGAAGGAAGGCGGACGCAGACAAGGACAAAGCAUCAAUACAAAGUCAACAUCAGGGCUAUUCCAACCAUAGCAGUCAUUCAGGCAAUGACUGGUUUGAUGCAUAGGAGAAGCAGGGUGAAGGAACAGGCUGCAAGCGUUUCGAGGAAACAUUGCAACAAAAGAGGAAAGCUCUCAACAACAUUUCAGCAGGGCUAGAUGGCCCGAAGGGGGAAAUUGCAAUAUCAAGGAUGAAAUUCAAGGGACACGUCAUGAAAAAGAGAAGGGUAAAUCAUAUGGGAGCUCAAUUGCAACUUGGAAUAGUGGAAAAGCAAGAGAAAAAUGAUGUAACGACCUCAUGAUUAGUUUUAAUUGUAGCUAUUUUACUGUCAUGUCCCCUCUUUAGCUCUAUCUAGCAGAGACAUGUGAGUCAGCGUAUUAUGGGGUCUUGUAGGCUGACAGCGAUGGAUAGAGACUCAGUGUGGUUAUACAGUGUCUGGGACUUGGUGUUCUGGCAGUAGUUGAUCAGUUUGGAGCAGUUCCUUAUUUUUAGGAGACAGUUCCUACAUUUAUGGAGGAUAUCCCUACUAUUUAGGAGGUUAUGACCAUACCCAGGGUUGGGUCUCCUUGAGAUUAUUCUUUGGGUUCAGUUUCAGAGGAUUUGGAUUUGUUUCCUAGUUUCUAGGAGCAUCCCUAGAUUUUAGGGGUGAGAUUGCCAGAGGAUCCUUGAUUUCCGACUUCAGUCACAGACAGGUGGCAGGUUGACUUUCUGGUUUGUGGUGUCAUUUGAGCAUUUUGCAGCUAUUUAGGAAAUAUUUUUCCUUGAACAAUGUCAAGAUCAAGGACAAAAAGUAGUCAUCUGUGUGUCUAAGAGUGUUGAUGAUGUGUCAAUAUUGCUAGAUGAUUUUUUAAGGCCCAUGAUGUGUGUUAGGUGUUCAAUUCAUAUAUUUACUACAUGUUCUUAAUGAAUUAAAUUGUGCUUAAACACAACAACACAACAUGUAAUUUAAGCAUUUCAUGCUUCAACACAACUCAUACGCUCAAUCAAAGGGAAAAGAAUUGAGCCCAAAUUUGAGUUUUAUAUUUGCGAGUGUGCUAAUUGCUUCCAUGAUUGCAUUUUCGAUAGAGGGUAGGAAAUGGACAAAUUGAGAGCCAAUUUUAGACUUUGGGAAUGAGUACAGAUGGGAACAAAAAACCAAGAAUAUGUUAUUUGCCAAUUUUUACACAAGAAUCAUCAUUUUUGCACAUUGGUUAUUACAUUAGGGAUUUCAUGGUCUCAUUGAGUCCAACACAAAGGGGAAAAGUACAAGGGAAGCAAUUUUCACCAUUGCUUUUUGUCAACACUAUUACUUGCAUGCAAUUUACUAUGAGAAUGCAUGUGAAAGUACAAUACACACAAUUUAUAGUAAUAGUAAUUAGGCAUCAAAUUAAACAAUGU